AGCACCGAAUGAGAGGAGGAGGAGACAAAAACCAAGAGGACGGACUGAGAGGGAGCAAGGGGAGGGAGCAUCAGAAACAGGAAAGUAGACGAGAUGCAAAGAGGGAAAGUGAAGGAGUCAGGAGAAUAGAAAGGGAGCAAGAGGGAGAAAAAAAAGAGAAGCAAAAGGAGGACAGCUCAGCAAAUCAGUCCAAGAGGUUUCCUCUCACAGCUGCUCUGAUCCACGCCGGGAGGAGAAGUUUAGGCUCACAAGGAGGAGAGAAAUAAGAAAUAAAGGGGAAUAGGCAUAAUUUGUGAAGGAAUCAGGAGGCUCCCUGGAGAGGAAAGGGAAGAAGACGUGAAGCAGAGAGCUUCUGCAGGAGAAGAUGGAUUCAGACUCUGGCGAACAGAGUGACGGAGACCUCUCUCCAGGACAGGAGAGCUUUAACUCGCGCUCCCUGGCCCUGCAGGCUCAAAAGAAGAUCUUGAGCAAGAUGGCGACCAUGGUUGUAGCCAACAUGCUGACAGACGACACCAGCAGCGAGAUCCUGGACGAGCUCUACAAAGCGAGCCGCGAGUUCACCAAGACCAAGAAGGAGGCGCACAAAAUCAUCAAGGAUGUCAUCAAGAUCGCUCUGAAGAUUGGCAUCCUGUACCGCAACCACCAGUUCAGCGCUGACGAGCUGGACACGGUGGAGCGCUUCAAGAAGAAGAUGAACCAGGCAGCCAUGACGGCGGUGUCUUUCUACGAGGUGGAGUACACGUUUGAUAGGAAUAUUUUGUCCGAGCUCCUGCUGGAGUGCAGGGACCUGCUUCACACCCUGGUCGAGCAGCACCUGACCGCGCGCUCGCAUGCGCGCAUCGAUCACGUUUUCAACCAUUUCGCCCAUGGGGAGUUCCUGGCUGAGCUGUACGGGGACGGAGAGGAGUACAGACUCUCUCUGAGGAAGAUCUGCAAUGGCAUCAACAAACUGCUGGAUGAAGGAACACUUUAACCUCACCCCCCCCUUACCUUGGUCCCACCUCUUGCUGGUCUCACCUGCUUCCCUCUUACUCCUUGCCUUAUUUUCCUCCUCCUGUUUAGUCUGGAUCCAUUUCUGCAGGGCUGUGUAACCCUCCUGCGAUGGUACCAUGAGGGAAGCUCUCUGACUGUUUCCCCUCAGCCAAUCAUUGCUGCACACUGGGCCAGCUGCUAUCAUCAUGUUUGCAUUAAAACAUUCCAAAUCAUCCCCUUUGUGUUCUAAUGUUGUACUGUACCAAUGGCCAAAAACAGUAGGUGUACUUCAGUACUGAAUAGAAUCAGUAAUAGUGAUCAGUCUUUCUCCCCUUUGUAUGUGCACGUGUUUGUAUGGGACUCACUUGUGUUUGGACAUGAAAUAUUACAUGUGUAAUACCUACUUGUGUCAGUCUUCUCUGCAACACCUGUCUUUUAUUAAAGAUUUCUUGUAUAAAUUCAGCA